UUCACGGUGGUUGCUCUGAAGAAAAACGAACAAAUAAAUACAAAAAAAAAACCUCCUUCCUCCAAUUUCGGUUUUUGUUUUUUCCCUUUUGAUUUGUUCCCACUAACGUUUGCGCUGCAGCUUCGAGAGCGAGGGACUGAGGCUCGGAUUUAGGAUUUUCUUUUCCUUGCUUCAAAUCUGGAUCUGCUUGCCGGUGUUGAUUGUACUGAAUAAAGGGUGCAAGAGAAGGCAGAUAGAGAGAACAAGGUUGCAGUUAUAUUUUCCUGAUGAGGGACAUAGAGAAGAUGGACCAUGACCAUCAACUUAAUGGAGAGACACCUGAUGAAUCACCACUAGGCGUCAGGAAGAUGCACACAUUCGAACAUAUUGGGUCAAUGGCUUCUGUUUCUCAGUCAUAUGGCUCUAUGAGAACUCGGAGUAGACUUUUGAUGAGCAUUUAUAUUGUGCUAUUUAAAGCAAAAAUCAACUUGCUUCUUCCUUUUGGACCUCUGGCAAUGAUUCUCCAUUAUCUUACUCAAAAGCAGGGAUGGGUUUUCUUUUUUAGCCUUGUAGGCAUAACACCCUUAGCCGAGCGUUUGGGUUAUGCAACCGAACAGCUUGCAUUCUACACUGGCCCCACAGUUGGAGGUCUCUUAAAUGCUACUUUCGGGAAUGCAACAGAAAUGAUCAUAUCAAUAUAUGCUUUAAAAAAUGGAAUGAUCCGUGUCGUUCAGCAAUCUUUACUUGGAUCUAUUUUGUCUAAUAUGCUCUUAGUUCUUGGAUGUGCUUUCUUUUGUGGCGGGAUUGUGUAUUCAAAGAAAGAUCAAAUAUUCAACAAGGCAGCUGCUGUGGUAAACUCAGGUUUACUUCUCAUGGCUGUGAUGGGUCUGACAUUCCCAGCAGUUCUUCACUUUACGCACUCAGAGGUACAGUAUGGAAAGUCUGAAGUUUCCCUUUCAAGAUUCAGCAGUUGCAUUAUGCUUGUGGCAUACGCUGGAUAUCUUUUUUUUCAACUCAAAACUCGACACAACAUGUAUAGUUUAAUUGAAGAGGAAGAGAGACAAAGUGAUGAUGUUCCAGAUGAGGUGGAUGUUCCUGAGAUAACUCUUUGGGAAUCUAUAGCAUGGCUUGCUGUUUUAACUUCUUGGGUUUCUAUUCUCUCUGGAUACCUUGUUGAUGCGAUUCAGGGUGCUUCUGAAGCUAUGAACAUGCCUGUGGCUUUUAUCAGUGUCAUUUUGCUUCCUAUUGUUGGAAAUGCUGCUGAACAUGCAAGUGCCAUCAUGUUUGCCAUGAAGGAUAAACUUGAUAUUUCAUUAGGCGUUGCCAUUGGAUCAUCUACACAAAUAUCAAUGUUUUUGAUUCCAUUCUGUGUGGUCAUUGGCUGGAUGAUGGGAGAGAGGAUGGAUUUGAAUUUUCAGCUAUUUGAGACGGCAACUCUCUUUAUCACAGUUCUUGUUGUUGCUUUUAUGCUUCAGGAUGGCACUGCUAACUACUUCAAGGGGCUGAUGCUUAUCUUGUGCUAUCUCAUUGUUGCUGCCAGUUUCUUUGUACAUGUUGAUCCUGCUGUCAAUGAUGAUUAGAAAGCUAUGUGGAAGCAUUUUUCAAUGGAAAAUAGCCAAAAUGGUGUUGUGUGCAUCGUUGGAUAAUUCUUGACUUUUAUUGGGAUCCGAGGUUUGUCUGAUACCUCAUACAAGUUUUGUACUGCA